CGCAUCGCGGCUCUGCAGCAUCCGGACUGAUCACUGCAGCCUGAGCGGCACAGACACACUGAUGCCUCCCUCACUGGAUCCGAUCCGACCCAUCCUCUGCACGCCGACACCUCAGGUGCGUCUGCACCAGCCUCCGCCAGGAUCCAUCUUGAUGCUCCAUGCUGUGCAGAAAUGAUGCUGCAAGUCUACCUGCAGCUCCAGGCUCUCUCUGUGACCACCACACUCCCUACCUCAGUGGACAUCAGCUCUCUUUAUUUGUUCAGAUUCUCUUUUUAACUCCUGGUUUUGUUGCAAUCAUGGAGGAGAGCAAGCUCAUCUUCAGCCUCGACCGUCACGACGAGGGCCCCUCAGUGUCGUUUUCCAAAGAUAAACAGCAAAGCAGAGAGAGUCGGCCUGAACUCAGCUUAGGGAUCGAUCUGGACCUGAGCCAGGGGCAACGCUCCCAACCCCCCUUCCUGCCUCACUCCCCCUCAUCCCCUGGCUCUUUAGCUGACCUGUCAGCAUCAUCAGCAGGCCUGUUCGUCACUACGAGCCUGGUCAAAUCAUCCUCCACAGAGUUAGAGCAGAGGGAAAACAGCUCUCUGAGGGGCAAACCUCUGCUCAGUCUGGUCAAGUCCCUGAGCACGGAGAUCUCACGCCGGGUGGAGCCUGAGGUCAAUCUCUCAAAGUCAGACUCCAAGCUGCAUUUGCAUCCCUGGAAGCAGAUUACACACCCGAGGAUUCCGGAGGCCAGGCCAAAAGCCGGGGGACUGAAUGAGAACGACGACUGGGCAUCACCUCCGUCCACUGGCAGCAUGUCUCCGACCGAACCCCGCGGCAGUUCGCUGAUCGCUGAGCUGGAGGACACGCGGAGGAAGUUCUCAGAGGCCAUGCAGGACCCUCUGAGCAUGCUGAGUAAGAUAAUGGGAGAUGAAAGCUCAGGAAGCCCCAAGCAGGGAAGGGCUUCCGUCGCAGGAGACUCAGCAGCUUUUCAAGGCAGAGAUGAAAGCAGCGACGAUUCGGACCUAAAAUGCUGGAGGAGAACGGAGAGUGAGCCAAGGGGUGUGUGCGACUCGCCUCUCAGAAGACUUCAAAAAGAUUCAGUCAUGAAAUCCUUUUCCUCCGAACGUAGCAGCAGAGAGAGCCAUUUGGAAAUCUGCUCCUAUGGAGACAUGAUCCAGGUGGUGCAGCACCCGAACAGACCCAGAGAGACACACCACAGAACUUAUCCCCAGCCUGGAGUCACAGUUCCAGGCUCGUCAAUGCCUUUCUAUUGGCUCCUCCCCGUGGGUCUUCUAGCUUACGGGUUCUUCGUGCUGCCCCUGCCCUCCUACGUGACGGGUUUGUCCAUGGGGGUCGCAUGUGGCUUCAUCCUGGGCUUGGUGGUCGUGUUCAUGUUUGCCCCACGUCGCUCAUCUGCCAGAAGCGCCCAGGCCUCCCGCUUGAGCAGACCAAUUCCCAUGAACAUGGAUUCACUCGAGGGAAAGCCUGAAGAAACUCUAGAGGGUUGGAUGAAUGAGACACACAGCUACGACCCUGAGACUUUCCACCCUUCUGUCACACACUCUGUGUAUGUCACCCUGGACGGCAGCCGGCUGCGUCUGGCCUACCCACGCGCCAACAUCCCCCGGUGGGCGGCCUUCGAUGAAGCGCCCCAUGAGGCCGUGUUUUUGCACUCUCGGGCUUACCAUCUGGCCAACUGUAAGGUGUCUCUGGUGCCUCCUGGACUGGCUCGCAAGAGGGUGUGGAACAAGAAGUACCCCAUCUGCAUCACUCUGGCAGAGGGAGAGGUCGGGGAGGAGUGUCUACUGGAAGGGCCAGAUGAAGAAGAAAGGGCAGCGAAGCACCUGGGCCCCGACUGCCAGGUUCCUGUUACCCUGUAUCUGUUUGGCCGCACAGGAAGGGAGAAGGAAGAGUGGUUUCAGCAUUUCCUGUCUGCCUCCCUGGCUGGAGCGUCCACCAGUGAGAGCGGCGAGGACAACAUGGAAACACAGUGUGGUGAAGAGGCUAAGGACGGCACAGAGGAGCUUCCUGACCUGCCAGGAGCAAUGAAAACCAGAACGCUGUUGGACUACAGCGUCUACAUGACUCAGCUAAUCGAGGCAGAAAGCUGCAAUCCCACUCCCAGCCCCUGCCACAGUGACGGGAAGGGAAGCCCCACAACAUGCAAGAAGAUUCCCAGUGAAGAGUAUGGCUCUCGAGGUCAGGCGGGAGCUGAGCCUGACGCAGGUGCGGAGCCGCAGGGCUGCGCUGCAGAUGGUCAGCCCAGCUGGGUGAACUCGCUGGUGGGCCGGAUCUUCUGGGACUUCCUGCGGGAGAAGUACUGGGUCGAUCAAGUGGCACACAAGAUUCAGAAGAAACUCAGCAAAAUCAAGUUGCCAUACUUCAUGAAUGAGUUGACGCUGGCUGAUUUGGACAUGGGUACCUGCCUUCCCCAAGUCCUCAGAACAUCCAGACCUACCUUGGACCGCAGAGGCCUGUGGCUGGAGCUGGAGGUGGUGUACACAGGCUGCCUUCAGAUGACUCUGGAGACCAAGAUGAACUUAUGUAAGCUGGGAAAGGACAGUGAGGAUGAAGCGCACAGCUUUACAGAGACCCAACAAGUGGGCCUAAAACCGAGACUCUGCAUACUGGCUGAUAGUGAUGAAGAGUCGUCCAGCGCAGGGUCAUCUGAUGAAGAGGACUUCCUCCCAGCCGAGCCACAGGGAUCCCUGGGAGACAAAAGCACCGUGGGAGCAGCUGACGGGCACACAGGUGGAAGCACCAGUAGGAAGAUCCUGAGAUUUGUGGACAAGAUAGCAAAGUCCAAGUAUUUCCAGAAGGCUACAGAGAACGAGUACAUCAAGAAGAAGAUCGCUGAGGUGUCCAACAUGCCCUUGAUGCUCAGUGUCGAGGUCCUGGAGCUCUCUGGAACUUUGGCCAUCAACAUCCCACCUCCCCCUACAGACAGGAUCUGGUACAGUUUCCAGGUCCCUCCAACGUUAGAUCUUCAUGUGCGCCCCAUGCUGGGAGAGAGGGAGGUCACCUUCACCCAUGUCACUGAGUGGAUUGAGAAAAAACUGCAGUGUGAGUUCCAGAAAGUGUUGGUCAUGCCCAACAUGGAUGAUUUAUAUCUGCCCCUGAUGACCUCUGGCCUGGAGAACCCUCCUGCGUCUCACCAGUCCUCCGUCCGGUCCACCUCCCACCAGUCCUCUGUGGAGUCUCAGGAGUACCUGUCGGAGUAGCGACCGCAAUACGCCACGAAAUUGGAUUCUGCACCUGUUGUGCAGCUUUCGGCAUUAAUGUGUAAUGGAUUGACUGGCUGGUGCAGCUGCGUGCCUGAGUGCAACCAGUGCAGGACAUCAGCCUCCUGAGGCCACGCCGAGCUCGGCAGGGGCCUCAAGACCGUGAGGAUGGUGCUGCAGUGCCCUCUACUGCAAGGUUGAUGGAACUACACAGAGGACUCAAAGGAGAACCUGAAAAAAAAAGGAAACUGAAUGUCCCUAAAUGCACAAUAUGUUACCAACAAUCACACUGAUAGUUAUUUAAGCCAGCUAUUCAUCCAUUCAUCUGUUUUCUAAUCCAUUGAGAACUGCAAGGUAGCACAAGCACUGAAGUACAUCAGGGUGACAAGCAGACAAAUGCUGAGAUUAUGGUGCAUGUUUUUUUUUUCUGAACUGUGUAACAUUGCCAUGGAUUUAUCACUGGAGAUUAAAACUUUUCAUUUUCUCU